AUGAGUGUCGUCUUUGUCGUGGCCGUCAUUGUCACCAUCUCGUCGCUGCAUCGUUGUUGCUGCGUUGUCCAUGUGUCGUCGUUGCCGCCUUAUUGUCACCAGGUCGUCAUCGCCGUCGUGUCGUCGUCGCCGUCGUGUCGUCGUCGCCGUCGUGUCGUCGUCGCCGCGUUAUCAUCCCCGCCGUCAUUCAAUCAAAGUCGAGAGAGAAUAGAAGAGAGGAAUAAUCGGGAGAGAAGAGAAAGAGAGAGAAAAAGAGAGGCAUGCGGAGUAAACAAGGAAAAAGAAUAA